CCACCGACACCAAUUCAUCUAAUACGCUCGCAUGCUUCACCAGUAAGCGCUGUGUGUUUCUCCGACGACAAUGAGCGGAUCUACUCUGGCGACUCAUCAGGCCUCGUCGUGAUCACAUCAACACGCUCGCUGCGCGCGUUAGCUUCCUGGAAUGCGCAUACCGAUGGUAUCCUUGGCAUACAGGAAUGGAAUGAACAGCUCAUCACGCAUAGCAGAGAUCACAAGCUUCAUGUAUGGAAGAGACCCACGCAAGGUCAUUCGUCAGUUGGAGACUCCGCAUUGCUCCCAGGACUUCCCAAUCCAGCCCUGGCAUAUUCAAUGGACGUGAAUUCGCUCAAUUAUUGUCGAUUCUCUCUGCUUCCAUUGGGUAAAUCAAGUCCGAUUGCGGCAGAAGAGGCGUUGAUUGCUUUGCCUAACCUCAUCGAAUCAUCACUGGCGGAUAUAUGGAUGCUUCCCUCCCAAGAGCGCAUACAUGCCGCAAUAGGGAAAGGGAAAUUGGACUCCCUGCCGAUGCCGGGAACCGACGGAAGAGGGAUAAAGAACUCGACCGGGAUUAUCAUGUCAAUGCAUCUCCUCCCGGGACGUCCUCCUAUGGGGGCAGCGCCUUCCUCUUCGGAGAGCAGGUCUAAGCAUCCACAAUUACUCACGUCCUACGAAAAUGGCAGUGUGUCAAUGUGGCAGUAUAGCGUUGACAAAGAAAAGUCAAUAGAAGGGAUCGGUUGGGAGCGCCUUUGGUCCACAAAGAUGCACGUUGAAUCUGGUUUGUUAAUGGCUAUGGCUGCCUCUGCGAAUCAUCAUCUAGCGCUGUCUGUCUCUGCUGAUCAUCUCAUCGCACGGUACAAUCUCGCGGCAUUGGAUGACGAUGCAAAUAGUGUGGGCGCCGCAUGCACCGCCCAUCGAACAAAGCGCCCAGGAAAUGGGUCUAUCGCGUUGCGUGAGGACGGCCGGGUCUGUGCUGUGGGCGGCUGGGACGGAAAGAUCAGGCUUUACUCCGCAAAGACGCUCAAGCCGUUGGGCACGCUCGUCUAUCACAAAGACAGCGUUCAGGCGAUUGCAUGGGCGCGACUACCUCAACAUCGGCCCAUGGAGGUAUUGAAAGACUGCGACUCGGAAGACGAUAUGAGUUCAGCCGAGAAGGAGAACCGUGAGCGUUGGCUGGUCAGUGGUGGCAAGGACGGACGGCUCGCGAUUUGGGGACUGAUGGAGUUC